AUGGCAAAAGCAAAAGAAAAAGCAAAAGUAGCCAAGAAAGAAAACAAAAAUACCUUGAGCCAUAUUCGAGCCCGUCUGAACUACCUGCACCAAGCUGCUGCCUAUCUGCAGGGCAAAUCCACAGAGCAAAAGAGUCAUAAUGUAACUCAAGCAGCUCAUGAAGCACCCAACGACAAAUUGGCAUAUGUCCAAGCGUGCUCAAAUGACAUUCGUCAAAAGCCAGAGCCCCAACAGCGGGCUCCUCCGAUGGACCGAAAUAACGCCAAAGAACCAUUGGGCAAUCUUUCAAGAGUGUGCGUAUCGCAUUUGCGCGAUGUCGCAAUGAAGACCCAGAUUCGGUUGCCCGUCACUUUGAAGAGAUCAUUGUGCAAGCGCUGUGCUAUAAUUCUUACUCCUGGGGUGACCUGCUCACAUGAGACCCGGAACGAGAGUCGCGGCGGCAAGAAACCAUGGGCCGAUGUAUUGAUUGUCCGUUGCCUCGCUUGCGGCACUGAGAAGCGAUUUCCGCAGACGGAUAAACGUGCAAAGAAGCUUGUACAGCGUCGUCAGGAAAAGGAGGCCGCUUUGUCGCAGAAUGACCCAAGAGUGGACUCUUCAUCGGCGGCGUUGAAAGGGGAAGGUGUCAAUGACCAGCAUGCGUCAACUGUAAACCCCUCACCAGGAGCUUGA